CUUACACCCUAACACGCACACACACACGCAUACAUACACAGAGCAGGCUCUCAUCACUUGUUUUUGUUUCCUGUCGCCCCAGCUGCUCUGACCCUUCCCUCCCCUCUUUCUUGGCUCUCCCUAGUCCAUUUCAGUUCCUUCUUCUACUUUCUUCCCUGCGGUCGUGAGCGUGUUUCUGGGUGAGCGAUGUGCUGUUCGGUGGGUUUCGCCCGGUCUCUGGGUCUGGCCCUGCUGCCUCUGUCCCUCUGCUGUAUCCUGGCCAACCUGCUGCUGCUGUUUCCAAUGGGGGAAAUCACCUACAUCCAGCAGGACCGCCUGGCCCACUUCAUCUGGUACUUUGGUGGACUUGGAGGAGGAGGACUGCUGAUGCUGAUUCCAGCUGUGGUCUUCAUCACUCUGGGGAAAUGCAACUGCUGCUGGAAUGAAAGCUUAAUGAUGUGCGGCUCAGUGCUGGCAGCUGUGGUCGGCCUGGUGGGGUCUGGUUACUGUUUCGUCAUAUCAGGGUUCGCCUUGGUGCAGGGUCCCCAGUGCUUCACCUCCUUUGGAUGGUCGUACCCGUUUGCAGACCAGCGGGGCAGGUAUCUCCUACAACCUGAGACUUGGUCCCGGUGUCUUCAGCCGAUGCAUAUCGUGGAGUGGAACGUGACCCUGCUGUGUGUGUUAUUGGGCCUGGCUGUGCUCGAGUUCAUCAUCUGUCUCUUACAGCUGGGAAACGGUUUAGUCAAUGCCGUGUGCCGGCCCUGCUGCUACAAGCAAGAGUACAGUCUCAAUGCUUAGAUAAACACACACAAACACACGCACACAAAUGUAUAUGUAGACUCACAUGCAGAGACACAAGAGAGAAAACACAAAAAGGACAUUAAUGGACACAUGCAACUCUGUCUGCAUACACGGCCUCACUGACCAGCACCUGUGUGUUCUUAUCAGACACACUUACACAUGCAGUCUAAUGGACACCUGAUAGCCACGUCAGUGUAAUCAAUGUAUUGUCAAGCUUUUAGACUGUUAAAGCAGCAAAUAUAUCUCUGCAGUCAUUGAUGAAGAGUCUCAACAUUCAAAUGCAACAGGUCAUUAUAACGUAAUAAUGUGCAUGUAUGUAUGCUGCAUAGAAAAAAAAGAUGCAGUUUCCUUCGUACCUCAUGAAAGAUGGCUGUUCAGACCACUAUGUACAAACAAGCAGAACUUCCUUCUUGUUAAUACUAAUAUGAUAAAGGUAUACAGGAUAAAAGGUUUCACUGAUGUGAUGUGAUCAAGACAAAGAACUGUUCACUUCAUGAAAUCUGUAUCCUUAAGGGUCAAGGUUGCUCAUUUUCUCUAUCAUCAUUUUAUACGACAAACUUUGUAAACCUCUGCUCCUCUACAGUUUUUCUUGUGCAAACAGAUGUUACAGCUGUUUUAAUCAAUGCCAUUACACUAGAAUACUCACUGUAAGAUGGCGGCCACAUAUUGUUUGCUAAUGUUGGAAAUGACAGAAUCUCGUUAGCGUCUUAGCUGACAUGAUUAGGCUGCAGGAAGUGUCCUUUCUCAAAAGUUUUAUUCUUGUGCUUCCAGCGUUUAUUCACUGUGUUGGAUUACGAGCAGAUUUUUGUGUUUGUACAUUUUGUUUUCAUUUUCAGAGUAUUUUGUUUGUUUGUAAAUUGUUCCUUUUGCGUCUUCCGGAUGCCAGAUCAGCGUUAACAACAUUUUAUAUAUAUAUUUUAGUGACCUAUUUUUAUAAUGUAUGUUUGUUUGUGCUGCCUUGAAUUAAAAAAAAACAAACUAUUUCCA